AUGUCGUACUACACUGCUAUAGUGUCAUCAUUCAGACCAUGUGAGAAUGGAGGAACCCUCACAUCUGGACCGGAGGAUUCCGGACUGUACAUCUGUGCAUGUCCCGCGGGAUGGCACGGUGCAUUUUGUGGGCAAAAAAGUCCUGGUGACGUGACAGUGAACGUUACGGCAGUUAACUCUACAGCCCUACACGUCAGGUGGACAGUAGGAGUAUCCGGUAACCUCAACAUCAUCGACUCCCAAGUACGCUACAAACAGAGCGACGCGGGGGACUGGGGAGCAUGGUCGUCAACCAGAGUUUCUGAUGAGUACGGCGAUGUCUACAUCCGCGGCUUACGGCCGGCCGUCAUGUACGAUGUUCAAGUGCGGGUGAACAACUCGUUGGGAUGGAGCGAUCCUGGCAACGGGACGGGGACUACUGACGAAGCACAUCCAACAGCCCCAGUAGUCCAGACGUUUGCAGACCAGCACGACUGUAACUGCCGGACGCCAAACCUCCCCCGGCCGGUCCAGCUGCGUGUAGCCUGGCGGCGCCCUGACCACAUCCACGGUCAGCUGCAGGCGUACCGAAUCAGCCUGUACAACAGGACCGGCGGGGAACCGUUCUACCAGGAGAACAUGACGUCAGGACUGCAGCAGGAGAACCUGACAGCUGUGAUUACAUCACCAUACCUGCAGCCCGCUAGGAACUACUCUGUCACUGUGUCAGCUAUAAACACCUUCUACCAUGGGAAUGAGAGUUACCCGUAUAUGACCCGUACGAAUGAAGGAUGUCCAAAUGCCCCGACUGUGACAAGAAUGGCAAACAAUGAAUGUGGAGUAACCUGGACAGCUCCUUCAAUAACCCGGGGGAGGCUGGCAGGAUACAAUGUUACAUAUACAUACACACCACGUGUCAAUCCAGAUGAGUCUGACCUAGGCAUCAGCUAUGAUACGUUUGGUUCGGAUCAACAACAGUGGUCCAAAUCACUGGAUGAGCUCCCCUCCAACUCAUUGGUCCGAGUCACAGUUCGUGCAUUAACCUGUGCCGAGGGAGACAAGGGGGCAGUGUUCACUUGCGAAGUGCCACCAAGAGUUGUGUUCCCUACAUACACCGACCCACCUUUGAAGGCUUCUCCAACAUCUUUCCCCAUGGUCCUUCCGAAAGUGAGCGAGAGGAAUGGUCCCAUACGCUGUUGCCAAGUCAUCGUCAUCAAGAUGACUAAAUCCGAGAGCCUUUUUGACCUGGAAACAAGAGUUGGAGAACCAGACGUCAUCCUUACCGAUGAUGCUCCCGAUGAAGGGAAAACUGAACCAUAUGUGGCUUUAUCACUCUCAGGGGAGCUGUACAGAAAAACUGAUGUAGUGGAGAUUGGCGAUGGCGGACCUUGUGGUCACGAGUGGUGCUGUGGGCGGAGUGAACUUGCCGAUGCCAGCCUCGCAAAGGAACCUGGUAAUAAAGAGCUCCAGCCUGGGGAGAAGUACACGGCAGCAGUACGGUGCUACGUGGACCCUAGUGCCAGGAGGCGCAAGCGGAACACGGAAGUGUUAUUCACAACAAGUGGGUAUAUUGAGCCUGUGAUCACAGGGACGGUCAACCAACCUGAAGGCGAACCUGUACCAGUUGCUGCUAUCGUUGGCGGCAGUGUGUCUGCUCUACUGGUGGUUAUUCUGGUGACAGUGGGGAUAGUAUGUUACAGGAAAAGGAAAUCCAAAGAUGACCGGGACCCAACAGGUCCUCAGAUAGACCUGAAGAUAAUCACAGAAGACGAAACACCCAUUAAGGAAUCUGCUGAGAAUCCUACAGCAUUGGUUGAGGACACUUCACCGUAUGAAACGACUAUUUACAGCAUCGCAGACCUUGUCACUGUUGACGACGUAGUGGAAUUCCUGAAGGCCAAGGGAUUUGGAAAGUAUGCUGCAGCAUUCAGGCGGCACGAAGUAGACGGAGAAGGAGCAAUGUCCCUGACCAGUGACAUGCUCGCUGAGCUCGUCCCUGAGAUCGGACCGAGGGCAAAAUUACAGAAGGCCCUUCAAGAGCUGAAGGACAAUCAGCAUCAGGAGUCCACCGAGAGCAGCAAACCUGUCCACCCUGAUUGGGAAAUCCCCCGCUCCAGCUUGAAGCUCGGUAAAAUCUUGGGGAAAGGUCAGUUUGGGGAGGUUCGUAUGGGGGAGCUGAGGAAGAGAGGCGUCACCGAGACAGUCGCAGUUAAGACACUGAAAGCAUCUGCAGAGGAAAGGGACAAAGAGGACCUCAUUGGAGAGCUGGACAUUCUGGUCACAGUUGGUCGUCAUGACAACAUCAUUAGUCUAGUUGGUGCAUGCACGGUUGGAGGCCCGCUGACACUUGUUGUUGAGUAUGCAGCCAACGGAUGUCUGAAGGACUGGCUGAGAAACAACCGCCCUAAGGAGCUUAACAAGACAGACGACAAAGACAUUGCCACUUCCGGGAUUCUGUUGCCAAUGGAACAACUGAUCACUUUUGGUUUAGACAUAGCAAAUGGGAUGACUCAUCUGGCUGCCAUGCAGUGUGUCCACCGUGACCUUGCCGCCAGGAACGUGCUGCUUGGGAAGGAUCUGACGGCCAAGAUCUCUGACUUUGGUCUGUCACGGGAUAUCUACGAGGAAUCUGAGUACGUCAAGACCACGAAGAGCCAACUACCCAUCCGGUGGAUUGCAUACGAGUCCCUGUUCUACCACGUGUACACCACCCAAAGCGAUGUGUGGUCCUUUGGAAUCCUUUUGUGGGAGAUCAUGACAAUGGGUAAACAACCGUACGGCCGGAUGACAGGCAAGGAGCUCAUGAAGCUUCUCCCAGGUGGCUACAGGCUGGAGAAACCCGCUCUGUGUCCCCAAGAUGUUUAUGAAGUGAUGAAGACCUGCUGGGAAACCCUUCCUGAGAACAGGCCAACUUUCCCUGAGCUGAAGGCAACUCUGGAUCGGAUCAUUCAAGAUCACAGGACAUAUGCCUCAUUGCUGAAGUAG